GCUCCAUAUAAAUUUUGGUGAGCCAUCUCAAAUGAAAGCCAGGAUUUGUGGGUUUUACCUAUAGCCUCACAAACAUUCUCUGAAAACAUUUUCAUCAACACAAAUAUUUUCAACAAGACCCACCAUCAAAACUUCACAAAAAUGUUGUCUCAGAGGAAAGAGAUGAAAACCAAGGGCCUUUUAUCAACAGCAGCCUCCAUAGCAGCCACAGCAAUGGUGAUUCGUACCAUUGCCAACGAUUUCUUCCCAGCAGAAAUCACCAACUACUUUUCCAUGCGCUUACGGGGCCUAUCUCACCGUUUCUCUUCUCAGUUAACAAUUGUGAUAGAUGAAUUCAGAGGGCAUGUUGUAAACCAAGUGUUUGAAGCUGCUGAUGCAUACUUGGGAACCAAAACUGCAACCCCUUCCAUCCAAAGAGUUAAGGUGGGCAAAACUGACAAGGACAACAACUUAUCUUUAUCUAUGGAUCGAGGUGGAACAUUGGUCGAUGUUUAUGAAAAUGUUGAGAUGAAAUGGAAACUGGUUUGUUCCCAAGUUCCUUCCCACAACCAUGGGGAUGUUAAUUCAUCUCAAAGGUCUGAAGUUAGACACUAUGAGCUAAGUUUUCAUAAGAGGAACAAAGAUUUAGUGAUUGAUUCAUACUUGCCUUACAUUUUAGAAAGGGCAAAGUUGAUGAGAGAAGAGAAUAAGAGUAUAAAACUCCACACAGUUGUUUAUGGAAGAUGGGAUGACGACGUAGUCAUAUUUAAACACCCAAUGACGUUCAACAGUUUGGCUAUGGAUUGGGAGCUGAAAAGGGCUGUAAUGGAGGAUCUUGAAAUGUUUACAAAUGGGGAAGAAUACUAUAAAAGAGUUGGUAAAGCUUGGAAACGUGGAUAUCUGUUGUAUGGUCCUCCAGGGACAGGCAAAUCAAGUUUGAUAGCAGCAAUGGCUAAUCACUUGAAAUAUGAUAUCUAUGACUUGGAUCUUACUGACGUCCGUAAUAACUCGGAUCUUCGGUUUUUGUUGCUCUCCAUUUCUAGCCGGUCCAUACUAGUCGUCGAGGAUAUUGACUGCUCUAUCGAGCUAGAAAACCGAGAAUCGGAGGAGGCCGAAGCUCAUAGCAAUCAAGGUGAUAAUCAAAUAACAUUGUCUGGACUUUUGAAUGUCAUUGAUGGGCUUUGGUCAUGCUGUGGUGAAGAACGAAUCAUAAUCUUCACGACGAAUCAUAAAAAACGGUUAGACCCGGCACUGGUGAGACCUGGUCGGAUGGACAUGCAUGUUCACAUGUCAUACUGCAAUGCAUCCGUAUUCAAGCAGCUUGCCUUCAACUAUUUUGGGAUUAGGGAUCAUGGUGUUUUCGAGCAGAUUGAGAAGCUGUUGGAGGAAGUGAAUGUGAGCCCUGCAGAAGUUGCAGGGGAGUUGUUGAAGAAGAACAGCAACUCCAAUGCAGAGGCUGCCUUUCAAGGCUUACUCAAAUUCCUACAUGAAAAAAGUUUUUUUACAGAAGAAAAAGGCGAGGAAGAGACUGUCAACAUACCAUCAUCUGUCCAAUUCUCAACAAUUUCCAUCAACCAGUCAAGCCGUGGGCUUGGGAGAGGGAGAGGGAGAAGAGGACGUGGUCGCUUUCGGCAUUCAGGCCGCUAGACUAAUUUUUGGAAAGAAAUAAUCACUAAUUCUUUUUUAUCAAAUAUUUUUUUAACCUUCAAAGUUGUAACCCGUCAUUACUUCCAUAUUUAUUUAUUUUUUAUGAGUUUGAUAUUUA